AAUGUCAAUCAAUCUUGUUUCUUUACCUAAAAAAUAUUCAAAACAUUAUUUACAAAUUUAUUUACAACAUUUCCAACAAAAAGCUAAUUAUGGCGCUCCUCGUUUUAAACCAAAAAUUUUAAAAACAAAACCUUUAAGAACUCCAUCAAUGCUUGCUCUAGACAAUUUUGAUUUUUAUUAUGGACCUUUAUUUACAAAUAAAUGGCCAUCAAUCCGUUUAGGUUUGUUAACGCCUAAUAAAUUUGCUGCUGUUGUUAAUCGAUUUUCUUCAAGUUUUGAGAUUUCAACAAAUUCUUCAAAUCCAAUUGAUUAUGAUGUUGAAAGCCGUUUAGAGUCAGGAAUGGAGUUCUAUCUUCCACCAACACAUGAAUUAAAACAUGGAGAAUUAGACCCUUCAGAUAAGGAAAUGGAGUUAAUUGAAGGGUCUGAACCAAAUAUUAGAAGAAUUAUUUAUGAUAGCAAAUUCAAAGUCACAGGUUUAGAAUCAUUAGAUGCAGAUCCAUUAAUUACUGUCGAUGAUUCUUUAAUUUAUCCACGUGAUCUUCAAGUAUUUAUACAUCCUCCGCAAUGUAUUGAUGGAUUUCCUGGUCCAAUUAGAGAUGAACAAAAUGUUUCAGGCUGGUGGCUUUUGGAUGGGGGAUCAAUUCUUCCAGUACUUGCUUUAGAUUUAAACGAGGAUGAUAUAGUUUUAGAUAUGUGUGCAUCUCCUGGCGGGAAAAGUUUGUUAAUUACUCAAACUGGGAAAUUUGCUUCUCUUGUUUGUAAUGACAAUAAAUUAUCGAGACUUGGCCAACUUAGAAGAGCUUUGGCAAUGUAUAUCCCGGCUGGAAGUGAGGCAGCAUCUCGCAUUAUUUUGAAAAGAAAGGAUGUUUCUAGUGUUGAAUCUUGGGAUGAAUGUGGAAUUUAUGAUAAAGUGCUUUUAGACGCUCCUUGUACUUCUGAUCGGUUAUCAGCUAAUCAAGAUGAUAAUAACAUUUUUGCAACAGAUAAAACAACGGAACGAUUGGAUUUGCCACAAAAACAAACAAAAAUGUUAAUUAAUGCCCUUCGUUCAGUCCGUGUUGGAGGUUCAGUAGUUUACUCUACCUGUACAUUAGCACCAACCCAGAAUGAAUUAGUAGUUGAAAAUGCAGUUGUUUUGGCUCAACAACAUUAUGGAAUUAAAUUUGUAGAACGUUCAUUAAAAAGAAUGGAAAAACUUUUAAAAAGAACGGGGCUUUACAGAUUUAGUGAUCAACAACAAAGAGGAAGUCUUGUUUUGCCUUAUAUUGUUUCUAAUUUUGGACCCAUGUUUAUUUGCAAAUUACAAAGAAUUAUUUAA